AUGACCGUGUCCGUGUCCGUGUCCGUGUCCGUGUCCGUGUCCGUGUCCGUGUCCGUGUCCGUGUCCGUGUCCGUGUCCGUGGGCUGUGCAGCAGCAGGCCAGUAUCCCAGCCGGCUAAGAGCAGAAAGAGAUCUGUGGAGCUGGUGUGCACAGGACUGGCAUCUGCCAGAGCCAGCAUCAUGGUGCAGUCAUGGCCUGGGCAGGCCACCUGCACAUGAGGCCUGGGCCUGUGGCCGUGAGAAUGGUAUCCUGACCUCGGCUUCUUUUCUUGGCUUAUCAGGUGUGAUGACUCUAUUGAUGGUCCAGUGGGGUAACUCUGCUGCAAAACUGGUCUGCUACUAUACCAGCUGGGCCCAGUACCGACGGGGGGCAGCGCGAUUCCUACCCAGGGACAUAGACCCCAGCCUGUGUACCCAUCUCAUCUAUGCCUUUGCUGGCAUGGACAGUCACCAGCUCAGCUCUGUAGAGUGGAACGACAAACUUCUCUACCAGGAGCUGAACAGCCUAAAGAAGAUGAACCCCAAGCUGAAGACUCUGUUAGCUGUCGGGGGCUGGAACUUUGGUACCCAGAAGUUCACAGAUGUGGUGGCCACGGCCAAACUCAGCCACAAGGUUCCAGCACGGAACCAUCACGGUUUUGAUGGACUUGACCUUGACCUUGACUGGGAUUACCCAGGAAGUCAAGGGAGCCCCACAGUAGACAAAGAGAGAUUCAUGACCUUGUUGCAAGACUUGGCCACGGCUUUCCAGGAGGAAGCCCAGAGCUCAGGGAAGGAACGACUCCUUCUGACUGCAGCUGUACCCACUGGACAAGACCAUGUGGAUGCUGGCUAUGAGGUGGACAAGACUGCUCUAAACCUGGAUUUCAUCAACCUUAUGGCUUAUGACUUCCAUGGCUCCUGGGAAAAGAGCACAGGACACAACAGCCCCCUCUACAAAAGGCAAGAAGAGAGCGAGGCAGCCCUCCUUCUCUAUCUGGAUGCCGCUGUGCAGCUCUGGCUGCAGAAGGAGACACCUGCCAGCAAACUGAUCCUUGGGAUGCCCACCUAUGGAGGCUCCUUCACCCUGGCCUCUUCAUCAGACAACAGAGUUGGGGCCCUAGUUACAGGGCCUAGUACUCCAGGCCCCUAUACUAUUUGAGGUGAGAAGGCCUUUACUAUCCUGAGUAUGGUGGAGGGCCAGGGGCUCCUGGGAGCAUACCAAGUCUGCUCCUGGAAUGGAGAACACAGAAUUAAGGAACAGAAGGUGCCCUUUGUCUUCCAAGACAGUCAAUGGGUGGGAUUUGAUGACAGGGAACGCUUCAGAGCUAAGGUCAGCUAUCUGAAACAGAAGGGGCUGGGAGGGGCCACGGUCUGGGCUUUGGACUUGGAUGAUUUCUCUGGUUUUUUCUGCAAGCAGGGCCAGUACCCUCUCAUCUGGACCCUGCAGCAGGAGCUGAGUCUUCCACACAUGCCUCCAAGAAACCCUGAACAGGAAGCUCCUGGGCCACACCAGCCUUCUGAGCCAGAGCAGGGACCCAGCCCAGGGCUAGAUACCUUCUGCCAGGGCAGAGCUGAUGGGCUCUACCCCAACCCUGGAGACAAACCCAGUUACUACAGUUGUGCAUGGGGACAGCUGUUCCAGCAAAGCUGUCCCCCAGACCUGGUGUUUAGUGACUCUUGA